AUGUGCCUUUUAUGCAACAAAGUUUUGGGCAAUGACGCUAUGAAACCAUCUAAACUGCAAGAUCAUCUGAGAAGAUGCCACCCUGAUAAAACAGAGAAAGAUUUGAAAUACUUUCAAACACUCAAAGAUAAACUUCAGAAGAGACCUACACUGGACAGAAUGUGCGCUUCAACGUCACAAAAAAAUGAUGAUGGUUUGCGGGCGUCUUACAAUAUCUCGUUACUUAUAGCAAAAUCCGGAAAACCGCAUACUAUCGGAGAGAAGUUAAUUCUGCCAACCGUUGAAGAGGUUUUAAAAACUGUUUUACACAAACCUGCAUCUGAUAUCAUUAAAAGAAUUCCCUUAAGCAACAAUACUGUUGAAACACGUAUUGAUGAAAUGAGUUCUGAUAUUGAAAGCUUCUUAUGUAAUUAUUUGCAAACGACCCAUUUCUCUAUACAACUGGACGAGUCAACUUUACCUGAUAAUGCAGCAUUAUUAUUGGCAUAUGUUGUUCGUUUUAUUAUGAAUCAAGAAAUAUGCGAAGAACUGCUCUUCGCAAGAACUUUGAUAACCGACACUAAAGGUGAAUCAAUACUUCAUGUUUUGAAGGAUUACUUCAUUGAAAAAGCAAUUCCUUUAUCAAAUAUAAUAUUAGUAGCUACAGAUGGAGCACCUGCCAUAGUUGGACGUUACCGUGGAUUUAUAAGCUAUUUAAAACAAAAUGUGUCAGGGGUGUUAGCAAUACAUUGCGUUAUCGACAACAUUUAG